AUGAAGGUGCUAAAUUUUGAGGUAUUGCAAUCAGCGAUUGAAAACGAAGAGCCAUGUAUAAUCUGCCCGAUCGGACCGCCCGGUCCACCAGGACAAGCUGGUCCAAAGGGGCCUCAGGGCCCGAAAGGCGCUGAGGGUGAAAAAGGAGUAGAUGGCAAGAAAGGAGAAACUGGCUUGAUCGGUGCAGCUGGCCAAAUGGGUGCACUCGGAAAAGAUGGACCAGCAGGACCUCCAGGACAACCGGGACGUUUGAUACCGAUUAAUGGGCCUGUCGGACCCGUUGGGCCACCAGGACAGCCAGGACCACCCGGACCAAAAGGACCUCCAGGUCCAGAUGGAGUAACAGAAGAUGGGCCGCAAGGGCCACCUGGAGAUGAUGGAGCGCCGGGACCACCGGGACCGCGCGGUCUUGAAGGACAGCCUGGGCUACCGGGUGAACCUGGCGAACCUGGCUCAUGCGAACACUGCCCAGAACCACGCACGCCUCCUGGAUAUUAA